AUGCGGGCCCCGCGGGCACCCUGGCAGCUCAUCUGGGCGGUACUGCAGCUGGGCUGGCGGCUGGGACAGCUCCAAGUCUGUCCCGAAAGGCCCAGCAGCCCUCUCACUUUCUCGCCGGCUCGGCUUACAGUGGCCGAGGGCGAGGGAGCCACCUUCUUCUGCAGCUACCCCAACAUGACCGAGCCCACCAUGCUGAACUGGUACCGCGGGAGCCCCAACAACCAGUCGGUCAAGCUGGCCGCCUUCCCCAAGGACCACGGGGAGCCGGCCUGGGACCAGCGCUUCAGCAUCACACAGCUGGAGGACAAACAAAACUUCAGCUUGCACAUCAGCGCCGUCCUGCGCAAUGACAGCAACAUCUACUACUGCGGAGCCAUCCGCCUGCCCCCUGAGACACAGAUCACUGAGAGCCCCUGCGCAGAGCUCACAGUGACGGAGAGAGUCUCAGAGUCACCCACCACACACCCCAGCCCCGCGCCGAGGCCCCAGGGCCACUUCCAGGCCCUGGUCAUCAGCAUCACAAGCGUCCUGGUGGGUGUCCUGGUGCUGCUGCUGCUGGCCUGGGUCCUGGCCACCGUCCUCCCCAGGGGCACUCAAGGGGCCAGCGGAGCACAGAGCAACGGCGAGCCUCUGAAGGAAGACCCCUCAGCCAUACCCGUGUUCACCGUGGACUACGGCGAGCUGGACUUCCAGCGGCGGGAGAAGACCCCAGAGCCCCCUGCUGCCUGCUUCCCCGAGCAGACCGAGUAUGCCACCAUCAUCUUCCCAGACGGUGUGUCCUCUGUGGGCCGCAGGGGCUCAGCCGACGGCCUGCAGGGACCCCGGCCUCUGAGGUCCGAGGACACUCACUGCUCCUGGCCCCUCUGACCAUUGGCCUCAGUCCUCCAUGGCCUUCAGGCCCCCACCUCAAGCUA